AUGGACAUCAACUCCUUGCUUUCCCCGGACUCAAAUCCGCAAUCUGGAAACUCGACGCCCGUGCCUGGUCCUACGUCGAACAACGCACCGACCACAGCUGCAGGCCCAUCCCCCCACAAAACAGUUCAACGGACGCGUACGGGUCGCAAAGGGAAGACAUCCUCGCCUCUAGCCCAGCAAGUCUACACUACCACCGGACACCCCGAGUCUUCUCAAACAGUAACGGCACCACUCGCUGGUCCUAAUGAGAGCGCUGGCGGAAACGGAUCGUCCCCCAACAUCGAACGGCCUCCAUCGAGACAACCCUCGACACCGGGAAUGGAUACAUUGGCAGACCUGGCUGCGAUGCAGCACCACCAACCACAGCGCCCAGGUGCGCCCAGUAUGUUACGGAACACCAAGACAUACGAAAGUCAACUAUCUCCGUCUACCAUUCAUCCUCAUGUGAAUCCAAUCAAUCAUAACACCCCGACCCCCCGCACCUCAUUUGAUCUUGCAAUGUCAGAGGGCCCUCGGGAAAGUGCACAGCGGAACUAUGUGCAGACAUCGCUGGAUCCAGAUGCGCAACGACAAGCGACCGAGCUGUUCAACAAGAUCCAAGAAAAUCCACACACCUAUGACGCGCACGUCCAAUUCAUCGGGUUACUACACGCGGGAUUCGUAAAUCAUGUCUAUCCUCCCAAUAACCCAGACAUCCACGGUGAUCCCCGCCGUUACGAUCUCCUUAAGGAUUUGAGGACGGCGCGAGAGGAGAUGGACAAACUUUUCGCAAUGGGAGAAGACCUCUGGGCAGAGUGGAUUCAGGAUGAAAGUAUGCUUGCUCACUCAGUCAAUGAGCGCAUUGCUGUGAUGGAGCUAUGCCAGCGCUCGGUUGAGGAGGAGUUUGGCUGUACCAAGCUCUGGCACAUUUAUGGCGAGUGGGUGUUGUACUUAUACAAUGCGGCCGCUGGUGAGCAUGGGGCCGGUCAGUGGACCGAGGAAGAUCGAAUGAUUGGCCGCGAGGUCUUUAACUGGCAAUCGGUCCUAGAUGUAUGGCAGCGAGCUGCUGAAGCGACGCGGUGGAGGAUCAAUAACAGCCACCUCGUCUGGGAUCGAUUGCUGGAUCUCUUCACCCAGGAUCUUACCCGUUCUCCAUCCCAGGAGAAGAUUACGAAGCUUCGCAGCUUUUAUGAAAUUCGGUUGCAAACCCCACACGCUACAUGGGACAAAACCUUUCAAAACUUCUCUGGGUUCAUUUCUACAUACUUUGAGUCCACUUACGAGGAGAUCAUGUCCGAGACGGUUGCUAGGUCGUCCGAAUCGAAGAACUUCUAUGGUGCGCGCGAAGAGUUUGAGCUUCGGCUGCAAAAGGCGGAGGAUUCUGGUGACAAGACCCUUGAGUGGACAGUGUAUACUGAAUACAUUGAGUGGGAAAUGCAUCGCAGUCGUCGCCGAAGGGAAUUUCACUUUGAACUAGCCAACGCUAUCUAUCAGCGUGCCGUUCUGCGCUUCCCGACCGAUGUUUCUCUGUGGGAAGACUAUGUAAUGUUCCUCAUCGGCGAGUCUAUGCAUGGUCAUGCAUCUACCACAACUAUUGCCACUCUUGACCGUGGGACCCGCCACUGUCCCUGGUCUGGCAACCUUUGGUCGCAGUACCUCCUGAGCUCUGAGCGAGAGGGCCAGUCGUUCUCUACUAUUUCCAACAUUAAACACAAGGCCACUAGCACGGGCCUUCUCGAUGCUGGUGGGAUGGAAGAAGUUCUGAAAGUUCAUACCACUUGGUGUAGUUAUCUGCGCCGUCGCGCCUUUUUGUCAGAUUCCACCGAUGAAGAUUUGGAUGUGGCAGAAGUUGGCAUUCGCUCUGCCAUCGAGAGUGUUCAAGAGCUGGGAGAGAAGAAGUAUGGGAGAUCUUACCAAGGAGAUCCCCUCUUCCGGCUGGAGCGCAUUUAUAUUCGAUACCUCAGCGAAAGUGGAAGCUGGGACAGUGCUCGAGAGACUUUCAAGGGCCUUGUCCCUCGCCGUGGAAACAGUUACGAGUUCUGGCUUACUUAUUAUAGCUGGGAGUUGAUUUCUUGGAGCAAGUUUGUCCAAGGCGAGGCGACUGUAGAUGCCGCGAGACGGACUCCCAACCCUAGCUACGCUACUGCAGUUCUCAAGCAGGCCAUCAAGCGAACCGACCUCGACUGGCCAGAAAAGAUUGUCCAGACCUAUAUUGCACACUGCGAGGAUUAUGAAGAUUCAGAUGAGCUUCAGCUUGCUGUGAUCGAGACCCGCAAGGCUAUGAGGACCGUCAAUGCCAAAAGAGAAAAAGAAGCCCGCGAUGCAGCGGCCGUCCAGCAGCAACAACAGCAGCAGCAGUGGGAAGCAGCAGCUGAAGCAUCGUCUACUUCGGAAAAGCGAAAGCGUGAGGAUGAGAAGGAUGCAAAUGGUGAGCCUACUAGUAAAAAGGCUCGUGCCGACGAAGUGGCGGCCCCAGUCACGACCGAACCCGAAGCUCCUCGCCGCGAUCGUGAGCAUGCCACUGUACUCGCCAAAAACCUGCCCCGCGAUACCACCGAGCACCAGGUUCGGCAAUUCUUCCGCCAUGCUGGUACAAUCAACGGCGUCAAGAUGCUGCCUGACUCUGAUAAGGACACUUUGGUUGCAGUUCUGGAAUUCGAAACCAAAGAAGAGGCCCUGGCCGCCAUGACUCGCGAUCAAAAACUUCUCAACAUGAACACUAUUGACGUGACAAUCGAGAGCGAGACGACUUUGUGGGUGACAAAUUUCCCACCCACUGCGGAUGAAGGUUAUAUCCGCGAUCUCUUCAGCCAGUACGGCGACGUCCUUGAAGUUCGCUUCCCCUCACUCAAGUAUCAAACCAGCCGACGGUUCUGUUACGUGCAAUUUGCGACGCCAAGUGCAGCGCGCCAGGCCACAGCAUUGGAUGGCACCGAGAACGAGAAAGGUCACAGGCUGGUGGUGAAAAUAUCCGACCCGUCACAGAAGAAAAAUCGAACUGGAGCCUUCCAAGAAGGGCGUGAGAUCUUUUGUAAAAAUUUGGACUGGAAGAUGAAGGAGGUUGACAUCCGGGCGGUGUUCUCAAAAUUUGGCACCAUCGAGAAAAUGCAUAUUCCCACAAACACUGACGGUGCCCAUCGUGGGUUCUUUUUUGUGACGUUCUCGAGCAAGGACGAAGCAGAGGCGGCUCUCGCGAUGAACAAUGAAACAUUGGGAUCUCGCCAAUUGACUGUAAGCCUGAGCGGAAACACUGGUGCCAAGCGGAUCGCUAGUACCAUCAUCUCGCGCGUUGCUUCAUCGGCUUCACCGCCAGCCGAAGUAAACGGUGAUGGGUUGGAUGUGGUGGAAACGACUGGCGAGCGGUCAAACCGCACCCUGGCCUUAAUGAACGUGCCCGACACCGUUAAUGAUGCUCGGAUCCGUGCCUUGGCGGAGCCAUUUGGGACUCUGGUCAAGAUCAUUCUGCGACCUGACCAUCAGGGUGCCAUUGUAGAAUAUGCCGACGUGCAUGAUGCCGGCAAGGCAUCCUUGGCCCUGGAGGGCAAAGAGAUUGCCCCCGGCCGCCCACUCCACAUUGGCAGUGUAGAAGAGCUGAAGAAGAUGCAUGCUGAGAUGAAGACCGAUCGGGUCACGUCUAUCAAGCCGGAAAAACCGAAAAGCACGCUUCAGCCCACUGGGCCGAUCAAGCGUCCACAACAGCCCAGCGCUCGGGGCCGGCGAGGUGGACUUGGUAUGAAACGAGCCCCUACCACUACUACGACUUCUGCAGCGGCCAAUUCAGGUUCGGAUCAAAUGGACACCACCGUCGACGGCAGUGGCCCCUCCAAGAAGAGCAAUGAUGAUUUCCGUGCGAUGCUACAGCAAAAGCCUACGGAAUAA